AUGACAGCUGGUUCUUUUUGACUUGACAGCUCCCUUUCGUUUUCGUAAGAAAAAAUAAUCUUCACUGUGUUUGGAAAAGAUUUUUGUUAAUUGAUAAGUUUAUUAUUAGUGCAUUCAGAUUGAAAUAGUUAGUUUUAGUUAGUUGUGUCCAUAACAGCAUAUAUUAUAAUGACUGGUGUAAUGUUGCGUACUAUAAAUAGCACAAGCCGUAGUUAGUUCGUAAUUUUGUCUGAUUGUAGUGGUAGAUCAGACAUAUUGAGAAGUAAUUUAGCAAACAUGGGGCGGCGAGAGGAGCCAGCCUGGUCCAAAGGCACGGUGGGCCUGACCAUGGCAAGGGAGCGUGGUGACAUACAAAGAGAGUUCCAGAGUCAUCUGACGGUGACUAGAGAACUGAUCGAGAGACUAGGUCUAGAAAGUACUCUUCAUGGACAUAUGGGCUGCGUUAACUGUUUGGAAUGGAACAACGAUGGAUCUGUUUUGGCCUCUGCAUCUGACGAUUUACAUGUGAUCUUAUGGGAUCCUUACCGUUACAAAAAACUUCAUAAAAUGAGUACAGGACAUACAGGAAACAUAUUCUCAGUGAAGUUCAUGACACCUGACUCAUUGGCCACGUGUGCGGCGGAUGGUAUGGUCCGAGUGCGGAGUGUGUCGACUGGCGCGAAUCUGUUAGAGUGUUCCUGUCACUGCGGCCGAGUGAAGAGGCUGGCCACGGCGCCUGAUGACCCCAAUCUUAUAUGGUCGGCGGGAGAAGAUGGACUAAUACUGCAACACGACAUGCGUUCUCCACAUCGGUGUAACACCGAAGCUACUAAUGUACUGGUGAACCUUCUAAACCACAUGGGACGGUACGCUGAGGCGAAGUGCGUCGCUGUCAACCCGCGCAGGCCGUACCAGCUCGCGGCGGGGGCGAACGACUUUUAUGUGCGAUUGUACGACACUCGCAUGAUUAAGUUAGCGAGACUACAGGUGAGCGCGUCGUCGUCGCGCAUGAUGUGGGAGCGCCAGAACGUGCGAUGCGCACGCGCAGGCGCGGGCGAUCCCGAGAACAACGUGCCCCGGAACGCGGUGCAUUACUUCGCACCAGGUCACCUUUCGAUUGAGCCGAACGAGCAAACGUUCCCGAAGAAAGCCACCACAUACGUUGCCUUCAGCCACGACGGGAACGAACUUUUAGUCAAUUUAGGUUCAGAACAGGUGUACCUGUUCGAUAUAAACUGUGCUCGUCGUCCUGUUCUGGUGGAGAGUUUCAUCAUCCAACACAACCACGGCACGCGGCCCGACGAAAAGCAGCGGCCGCGGAACGGCACCGCCCCCGCCCCCGCCCCCGCUGCCGCUUCCGCCCCCGCUCCCGCCUCCGCCGAUGCAGACGCCGCGCCGCUACCAGAACGCAUACGUCGGCUCAAAGAGACGGCUAACGAGCACGUGAACAAGUGUAACUACGCCGAAGCGAUAUACCUGUACAACGAGGCCAUCGCGGCGUGCCCGCACUCCGCCCUGCUGUACUCCAACCGCGCCGCCGCGCUCAUGAGGCGAGGCUGGUCCGGCGACACGUACGCGGCGGUCCGCGACUGUUACUGCGCCAUCAAGCUGGACCCGGACCACGUCAAAUCCCACUUCAGACUGGCCAAGGGACUGAUGGACCUCAAGCGGGCCAGGGAGGCGCACGAGUGCCUACUAUACUUUAAGGACAAAUUCCCUCGGCAUGCGACGAGUCAUGCUGUAUUUCUUCUGCAGAAGGAUAUCAACGUGGCGCUGGAGGGCAUGGAUCAGCCGCAGCCAGACGAAGGUGAGUCAAUCAAAAGCGGCUAAUUGGCCGGUUUAAGAAAAGUAUUUUAAUUAAAACUGUCAUAGGGGCAUUUAAAAUUACUUCUUUAAAAUUUAAUAAAGAAACUUAUUUAUAUUCCUUAAAUUAAACCGUCCCGCGAAAACAAUCAUGCGCGUAUAAUUGCGAGCCGGGACGUCACAUUUCAAUAAAAACGAGUACCGGUCGCACUCGCAAUAAAAGACCAACGACGUUUAAUUUAUUGAACACGAUUACAUACCAGCCAUAACUGCCGUUCGAGCUUUAACAUCCUACAAAUAUGAUAAAAUGUGUCCAGCUUCUUGUUCCAAUAAACAUCACUGAAUAACUUUAUAAAUAAUAUCCUGAGCUUCACUCUGAUUAAUUCUCUUCAUUUUUAACACUUUUCGACGGAGUUUAGAAGAAGUAGCUUCAGUUUAAUC